AUGAGCUCCCAAAAAUAUGCCUUCCUCCCCAUGGAUGAUGGCGAAGUCGGCCCCCAAAAAGUAACCAGAGAAAGGAAGCAUCGCAGCCACCGCAAAGACCGCGAGCGCGACCACGAUCGACACAGAGACCGCGACGAAAAAUCCUCCAAGUCCUCCAGACAUCGCCAUCGCAGCCGCUCCAGAUCCCCCCGCCACUCCCACAACGACCGACCCAAGUCCUACCGCAGGCGCGACGAUGAGGUCGCCUUCGACGACCGCUGGGCCGACGAGGAGCCUCCCUCAGACGGCCCCGAGCCAGGCGAAGGGGAACUCGAGUUAGAGGAAUCUGCCAGCAAGCGGGUCAAGCUGGAACCUCAAGAGCCUGCAGAUGAGGACCUAUCCGACGGCGCUAGAGAAGAGCGUGAUCGUCGACGCGACCAAGAGGAACGAGAAGCAUUUUCGAAGCGCCUAAAACAAAAGGAUGACUCGCGCUCCAAAAAGGGACACCAGGAUGGCGAAGCCACAGCCCGGAGGCGGCUUGGUGACGACGCUGCCGCCAGAGACGCUGCUCUCCCCGACCUGCGAGAACGGUCGCGACAGGAAUACCUCAAGAAGCGAGAGGCAGAACGCUUAGCGCUGCUGCGCAAGCAAGUCGCCGAAGAAACAGCUGAACUCCAGAGCGGCAUGCGACUUUCCGACAGGGAACGAGCUGACUUUGCUAAGAAUAGAGAGAUUCUGCGCCUGGCCGAAGAACGUCUCAAAAUUGACGACCACCGCGAUGGCUACGUUAUGCCAGAAGACUACCUGACAGAAAAAGGCAAGAUGGAUAGAAAGAAAAAGGAGGCGGCACUGUACAAACGCUACGUGGAAAAGGACGAGUACGGUCAGGAAAAGUUCGUCACUGAGCACGAGGAAUGGGAACGGGAGCAGACGCUCAAGGCCAAGGCGCAAAUCUAUCGACCGGAGCUGGAGAAUACAGAAUACGACUAUGUCAUGGAUGACAGUCAAUACAUCAACUGGAGCCUCGACUCUCGCAUGCCCAGCGAACGGAAUAAUAUGACGGCCGAACAGCGCUUCAUGGAGCAGCAGCUCGACGCAGCGGAGAAGAAGGCCCUGACGAUUCAAGAAACGCGAAAGAGUCUGCCGAUCUACCAAUACAGAGACGAAUUUAUAGCUGCCCUCGAGCAGUACCAAGUUCUCGUUAUUGUCGGCGAAACCGGUAGUGGUAAAACAACACAGCUGCCCCAGUAUCUCCACGAGGCCGGCUAUACCAAGGGUGGCCUCAAGGUUGGCUGUACACAACCUCGUCGAGUCGCAGCCAUGAGUGUCGCUACUCGUGUCGCUGAAGAAGUAGGCGUCAAGGUCGGCAACGAAGUGGGCUACUCUGUCCGUUUCGAAGACUCCACCAGCGACAAGACCGUUCUCAAGUACAUGACCGAUGGUAUGCUGUUGCGAGAAUUUAUGACCGAACCUGAUUUGGCCGGGUAUUCUGCACUCAUGAUUGACGAGGCACACGAGCGUACCGUUCAUACCGAUAUCCUACUGGCCCUCCUCAAGGACCUGUCCCGCGAGCGCAGAGACUUAAAGCUUCUCAUUUCUUCAGCUACCAUGAACGCCGAAAAGUUUGCCUCCUACUUUGAUGACUGUCCCAUCUUCAACAUUCCCGGCCGUCGCUACCCCGUCGACAUUUACUACACUCCCGCUCCCGAGGCCAAUUACCUCGCGGCGGCCAUCACUACCGUCUUCCAAAUUCAUACCACUCAGGACAAGGGUGACAUUCUCAUCUUCUUGACUGGUCAGGACGAGAUCGAGGCGGCGGAGCAAGAAAUCGCCGAAACUGCCAAGAAGCUCGGGAGUCGUAUCAAAGAGCUCGUCAUCUGUCCCAUCUACGCCAACCUGCCCUCGGAGCUGCAGACGAAAAUCUUCGAGCCAACCCCAGCAGGCGCGCGCAAAGUCGUCCUCGCGACCAACAUUGCUGAGACCAGUUUGACGAUUGACGGCAUCGUCUACGUGAUUGACCCCGGCUACGUCAAGGAAAACAUUUACAACCCCGCCACGGGCAUGUCCAAUCUCAUCGUGGUGCCCUGCUCGCGCGCCUCCGCCAACCAGCGCAGCGGUCGUGCCGGACGUGUCGGCCCCGGCAAGUGCUUCCGGCUGUACACGAAAUUCGCUUACAUGAACGAGAUGGACGAGUCGACAACGCCCGAGAUUCAGCGCACCAACCUCAAUGGUGUGGUGCUGCAGCUCAAGUCACUUGGCAUCAAUGAGCUGCUGGAUUUCGAGUUUAUGGACCCCCCGCCCACUGAAGCCCUCAUCGGUGCCCUCAACCAGCUAUUUGCCUUGCAGGGCCUCAACCACAAGGGCGAGCUGACCAAGCUUGGCCGGCAAAUGGCCGAGUUCCCCACGGACCCGAUGCUGGCCAAAGCCGUCAUUGCCGCCGACAAGGAGGGCUGCGUCGACGAGGUUCUCUCCAUCGUCUCCAUGCUCGGCGAGGCGUCGGCCCUCUUCUUCCGCCCCAAGGACAAGAAGAUUCACGCCGACAGCGCGCGCAACCGCUUCACCGUCAAGGACGGCGGCGACCACCUCACCCUCCUCAACGUUUGGAACCAGUGGGUCGACAGUGACUUCUCGCCAAUCUGGUCAAAGGAGAACUUUCUGCAGCAGCGCUCGCUGACUCGCGCGCGCGACGUCCGCGACCAGCUGGCCAAGCUGUGCGAGCGCGUCGAGGUGGCCCCGUCCACGUGCGGAGCGAGUAACUUACGCCCAAUCAAGCGCGCCAUCACUGCAGGCUUUUUCCCCAACGCGGCGCGGCUGCAGCGCAGCGGCGACAGCUAUCGCACGGUUAAGAGCAACGCGACGGUGUGGGUGCAUCCGAGCAGCGUGCUCAUGGCGGUCGAUCCCCCAGAGAGGAUGGUCGUGUACUUUGAGCUCGUCCAGACGACAAAGGAGUACAUGCGCAGCGUGAUGCCAAUCGAGGCCAAGUGGCUGGCGGAACUGGCGCCGCAUUUCCAUAAAAAGAAGGAUGUUGAGGAGCUAGAGGAGAAGAAGAUGCCCAAGCAGCGGUAG